AUGGAGAAUUUACACCUGGAAUGCCACUGGGCCAUCCACGCACUGGCCCAAGAAAACGAGCAAGCGCCUUCACUCGACCCCUGCCUGUUCGCAUCGGGGAAAGAUUCCCCAGCUGCAGCAAGGGCUAGGGUUGUCUCGCCGCCGCAGGAUCCACCUCGCCGCCCAGGCCCUUGCCGCUGCAGGCCCAGUUCCCGCCGCCAGCCAGCCAGGUUCCCGCCGCCGCCGACCAUAACUCACUCCGCCGCCCCUCUUCCUUCGCCGCUCAUCCACCCCUCUGCCCUGUCUCCGCUCGCAACCACCGGCGCUGCACCUCCACGGCGACCCCGACGGGCUUCAGCUGCAACUGGACGGCCACCGGCGCUGCACCUCGACGUCCACGAGCAGCCCACGCGAGGAGCAGGCCACACCCACGAGGAGGUUCGAGCAAAUAACUGCAACGAUGGUUAUUUGUCCGACAUAGGACAAGCUAAUUUUCAUAAAAAGUUCAACGAACGCUCUGGAAGAAACUAUUCGACCCAGCAAAUCAAAAAUAGGUGGGGUGUAUGUAGAAGCGAGUACAACACAUGGAAGACAUUGAUCCAGCAAGCAUCUGGCUUAGGAAGAGAUGAGCAUACACACACUAUUGCAACUACAAAUGAGUGGUGGGCAUUGGAGAUAAAGGCACAUCCAGAAGCUGCCAAGUUUCGCUAUGCUCCACUAGCGGAGGAGGAAAAAAUGUCAGAGGUUUUCGAUACUACUUGUGUCACAAAUGAGCAUGCGAGGGUGCCAACUCCCUCGUAUCAAGGUGAUCCCUCUCGAAUCAGUUUGGAGGAUGACUCAGGUUGUGAUAGUCAUGAAGGCCAAGUUACCCCUGUUCAAAAUCGAGCCAAGGGUGGGAAGAAGAGGGCGUGUCCUUAUUCGCCAAGUCCAAAGAUGAAUGACAAGUGGGCAAGCAAGAAUGCUAAAAUGAGGCUUUUGUAUGCAUGGUGGACAUCUUCGGUGCAAGAGACAAGAGGGAUGCAGAGGAGAUUGCAAGGGAGAAGAGCGAUGCAGAGGAGAGGGCAAGGGAGAAGAGGGAUGAAGAGGAAAGGGCAAGGGAGAGGAGGGAUGCAGAGAAGAGAGAUGUAGAGGAGAGUGUGGAUCCAACAAGAAAAGAGAUUAAACAAAUGAUGGCCAUGGUGGAAGCGGAUGGUGCAAAACCAGGAAGUGAUGAGCAUUUCUAUGCUACAUUUCUUUUCAUGGAAAAGAAAUAUCAUGAUGUUUUCUCCACUUUCAUAGCUCAUGAAUCUGUUGCAAGGCUUGAAUGGAUAAAGAGGAUGUGGGAGCUCAAUAAUAAGUAGAACAUCUAUGUUUUAAUUGCUUUCUACCAGACUAUUUACUUGUAAUGUUGUGAGCUAAGCUACUUGCUUUGGAGGUGUACUUUUGUGAACUAAGCUAUUUGCUUUGGAGA